GCGGUCCUGAGUCAUCUCUGCACGUGUGGCCCCUGUCUUCUUUGCAGCCAGCGGCCGCGUUCCUGGAAGCCGCUCUGGGGAGCGGUGCACCUCGGGACGGCCGGUGGGGGAGAGGCCAAGGCUGACCCGGGAAGAGGCUGCCCCUUGGGCAGUGACGCUGGCGGGGAGCGAGCUGCAGGCCGGCUGGGGCACCCUCCGCUGCGCACGUGCGCGCGCCUGCCCACCUCCCGGGAUGCGCGCCCUCCGAGCCGCCCUGGCGCUGUCGCUCCUGGGGACCCUGCGAGCCUUCCCGCAGGAUCGAGCCCUGGCUCCCACCUGCACCGGAGACCCCAGCCGAUACUACGACAGGGCUACGGGGCAAUGCUGCUACCGCUGCCUCCCAGGGUCGUUGCCAGCACAGCCCUGUCCUCAGGGGCCUUCCGACUGCAGGAAGAAGCAGUGUGAUCCCGAGCACUACGUAGACGAGAGCGGCUACUGCCUGGCCUGUGUGAGCUGCUUCGGAGACCUCGUGGAGAAGGUGCCGUGCUCCUGGAACUCCUCCCGCGUGUGCGAGUGCCGGCCCGGCAUGUUCUGCAAGACCUCGGCCGCCUACUCCUGUGCCCGAUGCCAGCCGCACUCCCCCUGCUCCGAGGGCAAGGUCAUCACGGCCCUGGGCACAGCUGAGAGGGACACAGUGUGUGACUGGCCUUCCCCAGGGACCAGCCUUGACUGCGCCAGCCCAGAGGCCUGCAGGACCCCCACCAGGGGUGCCACCCGCCAGGCCAAGCCAACUGAAGUGUCCCCAGCCACUGCCGAUGCCAGGACCCCGCCCCGGGGAGGGGACACUCCGCCCAGGCUGGAAGAUGCUCCCCAGCUGCGACCCACAGCAGUUCCCGGGUCUCCCUUCUCUGUGGCAGAGUUGGGCCUGCAUCCAGGUGUUGUCGGUGGGGACACCACCUUGGAGCCACCUGCCCUGGAAACCCACCCUGGUUACAGCCCACCAGCCAACAGCAAGGCUCCUGCCAGCACACGCCCCACCCAGAGCCCCCUGAUGGGCUCCCCCACCAGCCUCGGGCCCCCUGUCUCCACCAGCACCCGGGGCUCCCUGCCCUCCACAGGGAGGCCCAUUCUGGAUCCAGGACCCGUGCUCUUCUGGGUGAUCAUGGUGCUGGCGGUGGUGCUAGGCUCCGGCUCCUUCGUCCUGUGCUACCGGAGGGCCUGCAGGGCGCGAAUUCGCCAGAAGCUGCACCUGUGCUACCCGACCCAGACCAUCCGGCCCGGGCUGGAGCCUGCCGAUUCCAGAGCUAGAAGGAACCUGAUGUGGCCCAGGAGUGAUGUGCCGGGGACAGAGCCAGGGACAGAAGCACUGAGUGUGGCGGGCCCCCAGGUUGUGGAGACCUGUGCCAACGUGGGGGCGGCCAGCCCUGAGAACCUGCUGCUGCUGGAUGCCAGCCCUGCCGGGGACGAGGUGUCCCCCAGGGAUCCCCCCGAGCCCCGGGUGUCCACGGAGCACACCAAUAACCGCAUCGAGAAAAUCUACAUCAUGAAAGCCGACACAGUGAUCGUGGGGAGCGUCAAGACGGAGCUGCCUGAGGGCCGGGGCCCUGCGGUGCCUGAGCUGGAGACAGACCUGGAGGUGGACCAAGCGUCCCACUACCCCGAGCAGGAGACAGAGCCGCCCCUGGAUAGCUGCGGAGACGUCAUGUUCUCGGUGGAGGAAGAGGGGAAGGAGGACCCCUGGCUUUCUGCGAAGUGAGGAGGCUCGGAGGAGGACUGGGGCGGGAGAUGUGGUGGGGCCCUAGGGGGCCAGGGUGGCCCUGGUGAGGACGAGCUGGCGGAGAGAGGCCCCCAUGGCUUGGACUGAGGUCCUGGCAUCCCACAGGGGACUGGGGAUGGGCACCCUGCCUCUGCGGCUGCCCAGAGCACUGGCCCCAGACCUGGCCUCCCACGCUCACUGCCGGGGCCAACGCCCACUGAAAGAGGGGGUGCAAGGCUGGUCCCAAGCACCCUUGUGCCCUCUCUCUCGCUGGGCCUUGGCAGUGAUGCCCAGUGGGCCUUGCUGGCACGCGGCCAGCCCCCAGUUACAGUAAACCUGGUUCCCAGUGGGCCGCGAGCCAGCACUUGUGGUUUGCUCCUGAGUCAGAAGGGAAGUUGAGGGACGGGGUGGCGGCAGCAGCAGCAGCAGCACUGGUACCAUCUGGGCCAUCCUUGUCACGGGGCUCUCGGUGCUGGGCAAGAACCCGGCCUGGCCCCCUGACAGCGUGGGCUCAGUGGGACCUAGCUGCCCCUGUUCCCCAUCCCAGGAGGGCCCAGGACCAGGCACUGGUCUCAGGACAUCUCAGCAGUCCCCAUCACAGCAGUAUUUCGAGACCAGGUGCCUGUGGGCCUUAAGUGGCUACGGGCCAGGCCGCAGCUAGAGACUCAGCCUCUGCCGCAGACCCCGUCCACCCAGCUGCUGCAGAGAAUGGCCGGCCCCCUUUGCCCAGCGACCUCCUUCCAGCGAGGAGCUGGGACUGCAGCCCUUCCUGGAGCCCUCGACUGCUCAGUCCUGGGAAUGCGGGAACAUCUGUCUUAGAUGUUCCAUGCUUGUGAAGCCAUUUGCUCCAGCCCUGCCCUCUGACCCGCACCACCGCAUCCCUCCCGGGUGGCCGCAGGAAAGACCCUGGUCUCACACGGACCCGGCCUCGUUGCACCAGAAGAAAAGAGCAUUCAGUGGUUUCAGCUGGAUUUGGGGUACCCUGGGGUACACCCAGAGGAGCACAGCCCCUGGGCCUCACAGCCUACAGCCUGCACCCUGGGCCUCUUUAACAAACAAGGGGUGAUGACACAGCGGAGGGUCAGCUGCAGUGGGGACUCCUGGACUUACCCGUGCCCGGAGGCUGUGUUUACUCACCAGCGAUUGCUCCCUGGAGGAAGUUGGGGCUGCCUGGGAGUCAGAAAUGCAGUUUCUGAAACCACUCCGAUGUUUUGGGGAAAGUUGGAACAACUCGGCCACAGAGAGAGGCGACCGCACACUGGACCUGGAUCCUGGCCAGGAGGGCUUGGAGUGUUUGCCACCAUCUCGUGCCAGGAUGGAGCGGGUGUGCCUGCCCCAGGGCUGUACCCAGAAGGAAUGCGUGGGUGCCACAGGGCCCUCGGACAACCUUGGCCAAACAGUGCAACGCCUCCAAA